AUGAAAUCCUCAGUCCAUCGAUUCCGCAUAAGUCGGACGACCCCGUCACAAUCCAUAGACAAAUCCAUGACUCCUCCGACAGACGAGCGGCCUCGGUCCGAUUCUUACGGUACUACUUCCAGCACCACCGACAAGCCCCCGACCCCAUCUGUGUCGAGGUCCAGUCACAUCCCCGCCUGCGACCGAUGCCGCGGCUUCAAAAAGAGGUGCAGCCGGACCUUUCCCAUCUGUUCGCUCUGUGCCAGCGCCGGGCAGAAAUGCUCCUUCUCCACCCCGGCCUCGUCGGCCGCGGCGCAGGUCCAUCACCUCCGUGCACGGGUCGACUGGCUCACGAUGGUCAUCAAUGAGGCUUUGCCGGCUGGAUCUCCGGGGAUUGAAACAGUUGAGACGGGGUCCGAUGUGUCGAGGCUCCUACAGGGCAUUUCAUCGAAUACCUGGCGCUCACAGAAUGGGACGUCGCCAGCAGACGUCAUACCCGGAAACCACCAGGAGAUACCGGGUUCGGGUUCGGAUUCGGGUUCGGGCGAUCAGAAUAUACUUGACCAGCCAAACGAAGCCCCCCCUAGGCUUCCGUCCAACGCGGCAGCACGCAGGUUCGUCGACGCCUAUUUCCGUAACGUCCACCGCGCCUACCCCUUCGUCGACCGAAACAGAAUCCUGCACGACCUCGAGACCUUGGGCGACUUCGCCAAGCGACGGCGGGAUCCAGGCUCGACAUUGCUGUAUCUCAUCAUGGCCAUCGGGUGCACCACACUAGAGCGCGCGGGGCAAAUUCCACGUGAUACGGCGUCCAAGUUCGACGUGGCCUACACAGACAUCAUCCAGGAAUGCCUAAAUCGGGAGAUCAUCGAGUCCGUCCAGAUCCUAGUCCUGUUAGCCCUAUACUCUCUGUUCGACCCGACCGGGGCCUCACCCUGGUCCAUUGUCGGCAUCGUCUCGCGACAAGCCAUGAUGCUAGGCCUCACGCGCCGCGCAACAUCAGACGACCACAGCAGCGGCAGCUGCAUCCCCGCCAUCGAGACCGAACUUCGUCAUCGCCUCUACUGGAGCAUCUACGUGCUCGACCGCAUGAUCUCCACCUCCCUAGGCCUCCCCGUAUCCCUAACCGACGAAAAUACCGACGUUCCCCUUCCGGGUCUGACCAUCGCCGAGUUCGCGUCCCCGGACCGCCCGCACUUCGCCGUGAUGUUGCAAACCAGCCGACAUGUCAUCCAGCUGCGGCAGCUCGAGGACCGCAUCCUGAAACAAGUCCAUUUCCGCAAGCAGGCCGAGGUGAGCAUGCUGACGGCAUUCGACCGGAGGGCCAUACUGCAGGAUAUCCGCGCCGAUGUGGAGAACUGGUACAGCAACGGGUGUUUAGUGUCCACGCCGCUGGAGCCAGAUAAUGUGCCCAUUCAUAACUCGAUAACGUGGUUGAGUGCGAGGUAUUAUUAUUUGUUGCUGUUGAUGUAUUACCCUUGUCAUUUCAACUCCCCCUUGAACUCCCGCUCUUCCCACCUCACGUCGUCGUCCUCCUCGUACGCCUUUCCUGUUGCUAGCGCCUCUGUCGUGUCCCAGCUCGAACUCCUGAGGUUCGCGCAAAAGCACAUCCAGUCUACCUCGGCCCUAUUCCAGCAGCGCCAGCUGCCCCUGAACCGAGUGACGCUGUGCCGGUUGUUUCCUGUGGGGCUGGUGUUUAUGCAGGGAUUCAUCGCGUGGGGAGGCACUGAGUGCGUCGCACAUGAUUUUCCGGCGAGCGAUGAAGUCUUGCUGUUGGUGAAUAUACUGGACGCGUUUCCGGAAGGUUGGAAAGAUGCGCGGAGGGCGGCGACGGUUUUAACGACGUUUUUGGAUGUUAUUGCCGGGACUAGAACUGUGGCGGGAACGAGGACAGAGACGACGAGCAGUUCAAGGGCUGCGUACCAUGAUGUCCUGGAGGCCACAUUGACGGCGUAUCUGGGGCUCUUGCAGGAAGUACUGGGCACAGCAACGUGCUAUCAGUUUUUAGAGAUGUCGGAUGAGAGGGAGGUGGUUGGGAUGGACAUGGACAGCGGUGUUGGUGAAUCCAUGAAUAGUCCAUUGGGAAUGAGGAGAGAGUCGAUGGAGACGGGUAUGAACGGUAUAAAUGGUGUAGAUACGCUUGGAGUUGUUGGGGGUGAAGAGGGGGUUAUGGGAUAUGGUGGCUGGGGGCGAGUAGAGAUGGAUUUCUUGUAG